AGAUAUAUUUCAAUAUAGAGGUUGGAGGCUUUAUUUGGGAGUUAUAAGAAGAUAUAUACAGCAAGAUCCUAAAAAUAUUUUGCUACAGCUUUUCCCUCUCUCCUCUACCAAAGAAGUUUCUAAUUGGCUAUUUAACAUUGAAGUCACGUGAUUUAUAGUGCACGUACGUACUUCCUGGUAGCCGUGACGAUUUAAUACUGGUUUAAACGAAUCAUAAACAUUUAAAUGACGUGUCAAUGCUAUUAUAAUACAUGAUUUGAGUGUCUGUGGCUGGAUUUUGUGUCUCCUAAGCCUAUUUAUACUUCCGUCGAGUUUAAAGGCUUACUAAACCACUUGUUGACGACAGCAGUCAGGAUGGAGACCCUGCUCUACUGUAACAGCCUCUCUCGCUCUUGGGGUGACACCGGAACUCUUAAGCGACAUACGACUCUUGAUUUGGAUCAGUCCAGGCCUAGUAAGAAAUCGAAAAUAUACACGCCUCUGACUUCACGCGACCUGAAUAUGUUGAAGCUGAGAUCAGCAGAGCUAGAGCGGCUAGACAUCGCCCACAAUAGACUGACAGAGGAGCAAGAACAGCACGGUGGACGUUUGCUGGAUGCUAUGAAUCAGCCGUAUCAAACUAUAGCUCUCAGCGCCGUCAACGUGCUGCCACAGACCGUGGAUUCUAGCAGUGGUUCCUUUAACGUGCUAUCGUGCCAGCUCCCUAUCAAAUGUGGCCCUGUCAAAGAUGAGCCUCUAACCUUUCUCACGCAGUCUCCGUCAGUGUCCACCAUCAACAUGGAAAAUCAGGAGGAGAUGAAACUUCAGAGGAAACGACAACGAAACCGAAUAGCGGCAUCCAACUGUCGUCGUCGAAAACUGGAGCGAAUUGCGUACCUGGAGAAGAAGGUUCGUCAGAUGAAAGCGGAGAACGACGAUUUCUUGUCUCUUGUGAUGGGACUACGAGAACAAAUGCGUGAUCUAAAACAGCGGGCGAUGGGACACGUGCAGAAUGGCUGCCAAAUCUAACACGGCGGGCGAUUGGUCACGUGCAAAAUGGCUGUCAAAUUACAUUCUAGGAAUCUUCUCCGAUAUUUUAAGUGAGUGAAACUACUUUCUCAGAGAUUCUGUAAAAGUGAACAUAUCACGUAACUACUUUCUAGGAGAUUCUGUAAAAGUGAACAUAUCACGUAACUACUUUCUCAGAGAUUCUGUAAAAGUGAACAUACCACGUAACUACUUUCUAGGAGAUUAUGCAAAAGUGAACAUAUCACAUAACUACUUUCUCAGAGAUUCUGUAAAAGUGAACAUAUCACGUAACUACUUUCUCAGAGAUUCUGUAAAAGUGAACAUAUCACGCAACUACUUUCUCAGAGAUUCUGUAAAAGUGAACAUACCACGUAACUACUUUCUCAGAGAUUCUGUAAAAGUGAACAUAUCACGUAACUAUUUUCUCAGAGAUUCUGUAAAAGUGAACAUAU